AGGGUUAAACGACUGGAGGACGGAGAGGUGGGGCGGGGGUCUGCAGACCAGGUUGGUAACACUGGUGAGUUGCUCUUCUUUCUCCCUCCUUAGCUGCUUCUAUGCAAAGGGUGCUGAGCACGGGGGAAGGUGGGAGGUGCCCCGCGGAGCGGGGAGUAAGCGUUCCCGAGGAAGCGGGCACCUUCGAGAGGGACUGGCAAUUUGGGCCCAGGAGCCGGGAGAAAGUUCUGAGUGCGCCGGCCUCGAGGAAGGCACGUUCCGUAAGGGCGCACGGUCACUACCGUCUUUCACCGCCUGUUUUUAGAACGGAGUUCUCGGCAGAGCUUAUAAACCCCAGGCCUUUUGCAGACGGAACAGGUGAGCACUGCGCACUGCUCGCGCCCGGGUUCUUGCGUCCCCUUCUGUCCCUGCGCUCUGAGCGGCCUGGCCCCCGCGGGCUCAUCAUGUUCCCUUGGGGGCUGAGCUGCCUGUCAGUGCUGGGGGCGGCGGGCACUGCUAUCCUGUGCGCGGGCCUGCUGCUCAGCCUGGCCCAGCACCUCUGGACCCUCCGCUGGAUGCUGAGCCGGGACCGGGCCUCCACCCUGCCUCUGCCCAAGGGCUCCAUGGGCUGGCCCUUAUUCGGCGAAACGCUGCACUGGUUAGUUCAGGGCUCGCGCUUCCACAGUUCCCGCCGAGAGCGCUAUGGGACAGUGUUCAAGACGCACCUGCUGGGCAGGCCAGUGAUCCGCGUGAGCGGCGCGGAGAACGUGCGCACCAUCCUGCUGGGCGAGCACCGCCUGGUGCGCAGCCAGUGGCCACAGAGCGCGCACAUCCUGCUGGGCUCGCACACACUGCUUGGUGCGGUCGGCGAGCCACACCGGCGGCGGCGCAAGGUCCUGGCGCGCGCGUUCAGCCGCGCCGCGCUGGAGCGCUACGUGCCGCGCCUGCAGGGGGCGCUGCGCCAUGAGGUGCGCUCCUGGUGCGCGGCGGGCGGGCCGGUCUCAGUCUACGACGCCGCCAAAGCGCUCACCUUCCGCAUGGCCGCGCGCAUCCUGCUGGGGUUGCGGCUAGACCAGGCGCAGUGCGCCACGCUGGCCCGGACCUUCGAGCAUCUCGUGGAGAACCUCUUCUCACUGCCUCUGGACGUUCCCUUCAGUGGCCUGCGCAAGGGCAUCCGGGCAAGGGACCAGCUGCAUCAGCACCUGGAGGGGGCCAUUUCUGAGAAGCUUCUUGAGGACAAGGCUGCAGAGCCGGGUGAUGCCCUGGAGCUGAUCAUUCACAGUACAAGAGAACUGGGCCAUGAGCCCUCCAUGCAGGAGCUGAAGGAGUCAGCUGUGGAGCUCCUCUUCGCCGCCUUCUUCACCACGGCCAGUGCCAGCACCUCGCUCGUCCUGCUGCUUCUGCAGCACCCGGCCGCCAUCGCUAAGAUUCGGGAGGAGUUGGUGGCGCAGGGGCUGGGACGCGCGUGCGGCUGCGCGCCUGGGGCCGCGGGGGGCGGCGUGGGGCCCCCGCCCAGCUGCGGCUGCGAGCCCGACCUCAGCCUCGCGGCGCUGGGCCGUCUGCGCUACGUCGACUGCGUGGUCAAGGAGGUGCUGCGCCUCCUGCCGCCGGUGUCUGGGGGCUACCGCACAGCGCUGCGCACCUUCGAGCUCGAUGGCUACCAGAUCCCCAAGGGCUGGAGCGUGAUGUAUAGCAUCCGGGACACGCACGAGACGGCUGCGGUGUACCGCAGCCCUCCCGAAGGCUUCGACCCAGAGCGCUUCGGCGCAGCGCGCGAAGAUUCGCGGGGCGCCUCCAGCGGUUUCCAUUACAUCCCGUUCGGCGGCGGUGCGCGCAGCUGCCUCGGCCAGGAGCUGGCGCAAGCCGUGCUCCAGCUGCUAGCUGUGGAGCUGGUGCGCACCGCGCGCUGGGAGCUGGCCACACCCGCCUUCCCCGCCAUGCAGACGGUGCCCAUCGUGCAUCCAGUGGACGGGCUGCGGCUCUUUUUCCACCCCCUCGCGCCUUUGGUUGCGGGGGAUGGGCUAUGCCUCUGACAUGCUUGCGCUGUAGGACACGUUUUGGCCGGUGGCUGUGGCGCGCACGCAGCGCCACCCAUCUGCGGCUCCCCGUUGUAGCGUAGCGCGCCCACUAGUUCACUCGUUCAACAAUCGUUCAACAAAUGUUCGCCAAACGCGGAUGUGUGCCGGACUCGAGGGAGGAGGAGCGCGAGCCACUGCUGCAGCGCCAGAGAAGCAUCUAAGCCCAUGGGAAGUUGCCUUCUGCGCUCCGCGCCCAGAGGAAGGAAAAUGUCGUGGGCCAAGCAGGAAUAGAGGAAAUAGAUAGAUCCUCACGAGUUGCUGCUUGGAUUCCCCUUCCCGAGCCAAUCCAGGGAGGGUGCAUGAAUGGGGGAAGGCGGGGUAGGGGUGAUAGGGGAGUGGGGAUAUUGCAACUCGGGAACCUUGCAGAGACCCCACGCGCGCGGUGGGACCUGCAACCCUUGUAAGGAAGCGGGGACGCCGUGGGCGCAACCCUGGCCUGGCUUUGGGCCAUAGAAAAACACACAGAGGACGCCCGACGGAAGGCCCUCUGGCAGCUGGCCUCUGGCCUUGUCCGCCUUGGCCACUCUGCCAGUCUCGGCGGAAACUCGGAACUGUGGGCACUUCCAGGGCUCGAAAGGGCUCAAGGUCACCGGAUUCUGCUGGCCACUUCUUAAAAGGAAAAAUUCCUACUUUAAGAACGCAUUUACUCUUCAUGUAUACAGAGGAGAAUAGGCACACCAACACGUCUCCAAUGCUGGAUUAUUUUCAUGGGAGGUUGAGACAUAAUUAGAGAGGCUUGAGAUAUUUGUACCAAAAAUAGGAAGGCCACGAAAUUAAGUGUCUUGGGAGCGGUUGAGUGAGGAGGCUAGGGCUUAGCUGGGCAGCUACUCCCUGGGGGAAAGGCACUAGGG